UCUAGCGUUCUUUCUAGAGCAAAGAAAGAAUGAAUUUUGCCGUCUUAAAGACUGAAAAGUAAAUUCGAAAGGCGCUUUUUUAAAUUUAUUGGCGCGACAUUUUUUUUAGAACAGCUUGCUUUAAAAGUUACAAACAAUUUAUUCUUUUUUUGAACCUGUUGAUUAUUUUCAAUAUAUAAUUAUUACAAUUUCCAAUGUAAUUGUGAUUUUCUCAAAUUCUAUAUAUUAUCAAUAUCAAUAUCCGUCCCAAAUUCAAAAUUCGCAACUAAAUUCAUCGAAAGAUUGUAAAAGAAAGGAGACAAGAUUUACCAAAAAAUGAAGAAUUGACAAAUUUACAUCAACAAGUUUAUGAAAUUUGACAGCUUAUUGCUUUUUUUUUUGAAUUAUUCUGUUCGAAAAAGACUGCCGAAAAUAUAAUUUUGCACGUUGAUUCCACGACGUGCGUUUUCCCGAGAAUAUGUGCUCCCGAUUGUUCCUACUCCUAAGUUCGGCGGUGCGUUUUGUUGCCGUGAUUGGACUGGGCGGAGAUGCAGACGCGACCAUUAACAAGAGACCAACGACAGCCGGCGAGCCCAGAAUCAUCUCGAUGUCAGACUUGAUGUACCUGGAUGAGCAGAAUUCAGUGACCUUGACGUGUACCGUGACCUCUGACCCCGCACCUGUCCACUUGUCUUUCCAGUGUGGAGAAAGACACUACCCUAUAGAUGAUUUGGAUAAGCCAGAUGAGCAGGGGCCGGACUCGAAGUCGUUCAAAAUGAAGUUCGAGAACAGUUUUGUUCGUGAGACUAUGGAACUCUCUGCCUCCAAAGGGGGCACUGGUGAUUCUAUGAAAUGUGUGUGCAGGAUUUUCAGUCGGUCUGGGCGAGAAACCACUAGCGAGCCAGCGGAAAUCCGAAAAGCCACACUGGACUCACACUUUUUCUUCGAGCCCAAGAGCCAGGCAGUAUUGAGGGGGGAGAGUGUGACUUUGAGGUGUGUGCCCCCCACCGGAGACCCCGCCCCCCGAAUGACGUGGGAGAGGAAUGGCCGGGAGUUGAAGCCAGAGAAGAACAAGUACCGCUUCAGCGACGAAAAAGGUACGACCAGUUUGGAAGUGCUCAACUUCCGGGAAGAGGAUGUAGGAAACUACUCCUGCAUCGCUUUCAAUGUGCUCAAGCAACCUCGGAGAAGCAAGGCCGCAAAGCUGGACAUCGCUUACCACGAGACGUGGCUGGAGUGGCAAGGCUGGAGUGAGUGCAAAGCAGCCUGUGGGGAAAUGGGUAGAAGGGUGAAAUACAGGAUGUGCUGGAAUGAAGACUUGCAGAAGGAAGGCACUGGCUGCUUCGCUCUGUCCACUGAGUCUGAAAAAUGCCAGGGCUCUUGUGACGGGGAUAUCGGGAGAAUCAGAGGGGGAGGGGGAGGGGGAGGGGGAGCGGAUGCAUUCGGAAGUGGAACAUCGAACGGGGGCGGAUCCCAAUUCGCAAACAGCGUCACUAUGAAUAUCGACCCGCGGCCAAGAAACAACGCGGAUCUCCACAGCGAGCAGAGAAAGCGAGACCAAGCAGUGAUGGUCGGAGUAAUCUCUUCCGUAAUCAUGUUCGUAGUUGUCGCCCUUGUUGUCGUCCUGGUGCUGUACCGGAAGAGCAGAAGUGUCGCCCUUCAUAAAGCCUAUCCGAGCGGGAGAGUGGGAUCUUCACAUAACCAUAUAGCCUCUGUCUACUCCCCUAACAGCAUUGUGGUUUCAAAACACGGAGAAACACAAGUCGCCCGACUUCUCGACGACAUUUACCACUAUAACACUUCGCCCGAGAUCAUCGCCAUGCCUCCUUGCAGUCAAUCAAUGAUGUCAUCCGGAGGCUACAACACCUCACCGGGACAACCGAUGUACUUCGUGGAACCGAACGGUGUCUACAAACAUCAGCAAACCAUGUACCCCAAUGGAACCAUAAUGACCCCUAAUGGCCUUUCUCCUGGAUCAGGUGAAGUCAUGGUUCCUAUGAUACCCAUGAAAAGUAUGGACGGAGGGAGCCAUACAAUGCCACACAUGGGAUCACCGCAGUCCAUGAGUAAUGGCAUGGUAGGUGACCAUUACUCGUCAAUAGCCAAUGACGUCACUACUUUCAACGAGGGAGAGUAUCAACUGGACGAAGAAGCCGACCAAUCAGAGAGCUGCAAUAAAACGGAGCAAAGUGGAUCGUCAUCAGGCCGCAAGAAAUAUGAACGACUUUCAAACGACAGUGGUUGUGAAGACCCUACCUCAAACGGAGCUUUAGACCAAGGCCUCGGAGGUCGAUGUCUAGUCGCUUCAAAGAGAUUCUACGAAGCCCAAAACGAAAUACUCCAAUCUGUCAUCGACGAGAAAUUUGUCAUCGCUACUUUCACCUCUUCUGGCGGACGUCUCUGCCUGCCAAGAUCCGGAGUCUCGCUUUUGGUUCCAGAAGGAGCCAUUGCUCCUGGGAAGAGUCAAGAAGUCUAUCUCGCGAUCUCAAAUGAAGAUAGAGAAAGACCUAAAUUACCUGACGGAGGCACAAUUCUAAGUCCAAUAAUUGUCUGUGGACCUUCAAAUGCUCAGUUUUUGCGUCCUGUAGUGCUAAGUUUCGCCCACUCAGCUUUGAACCCGAUGAGUGAUUGGACCCUGAGUGUGUUACAUGGUACUGUGGUGACUAGGAGUGCCUGGCAGAAUUUGUUGAUUUUGGGGGAGGAGAAUCUGAACUCGGCUGCUUUUUGUCAAAUGGACGAAGAUAGAUGCCACAUUUUGAUUGAGAGCAUACACGACAAGUACUGCCUGGUUGGAAAGAGCAAAGUGGGAAAAACUGCCACAAAGCGCCUCCUUCUCUCCGCUUUCGCCCCGGCUGCCCUUCGUCUGCAGGACUACAACAUCCGCAUCUACUGCGUGGACGACACCCAGGACGCCCUGGAGAACGUGAUCGACUUCGAGAAGAAGAGUGGGGGAGUGAUGAUGGACUGCUGCAAGCUGAUGCAUUUCAGAGACAGUCCGGACAGUGGGCUGCAUCUGGCCCUGACAGAGUUGUCCAUGGGCUGGAGAUGCAAAGUGUCCAACCACCAACAGAGCGUGCCAUUCAACCAUAUCUGGUGUGCGAUCCAGAGCAGUCUCCACGCCUCCUUCUCCCUCGAACAGCCCAAGGGGGGCAACAACAACAACAGGGCUAGUGGGGGAGGGGGGCACCAGUGGCUGGAGACGAAGAUAGAGGCGUUCCAGAUGUCCUCAUAUGAUAUACACAGCUUCACAAUCCGUCUGUCUGCCAAUGACGCGGCCCUGUUGAAGCGUGGCGUGGUUGACUUGACCCCCACUGGCGUGUAUGACCCCCCAGGACUAGUGUUCAGACUCUCCUCCCACGUUAGAGUUAGGAUCUGCCAGGUGAUGGACUCCCCCUCCUACUCACAGCACGACUGGGUGUUCCUCGCUAAGAAACUCAACUUCGACCGGUACAUCAACUAUUUUGCCAGCAAAAACUCGCCUACUUCUCAUAUUUUGGACUUGUGGGAGGCGAGAAACCGACAAGACUCGGCCGUACGAGAACUGAUCUGUGCAAUCAAAUCCAUGAACAAACACGACCUGGCUCACUUCGUCGAAGCCGAACUGGGCGCGCGAGUCGUCUAACGAAAUAUUACGCAAUAGCUUAUACGUAACUGUAUGAAACUACGAUAAAUCAGCAGUCAAUGAUUUAAUUGAUGACAUAAUAGAUUUGUCGCCGCAAUUGGAUACACCAGUAGUUACUAUUGAAAACUCGAAAAAACUAUUUGUUCUUGAAAUCUUUAAUAUGGUAGAAAACUUAAUUCGUAACACUAACGCCAAUGUUGAUAUUAAUUUUUGUUUAA